ACAGCAACUGAGAACGCCGCUGACCACACCUCCAAUUUCAAAUACCGGUGACUGAAACCUGGAUAAACACAAAACAAAAACUGAGCAGCGUUUCUGAAUAUUGCAUUCAAUAAAACCCUGCUCCUGCAGUGGCAGACUGAUGUAGUUCGUAUAUAUACAGAUCAAGCUUAUUAUAUUUCCCAUAGCACUGCUGAAAUGUCUGCUAGCUAGGAGGAACCGGUUGAUGGGGUGUAAUUCUCUCUGCAUGUUAUUUGGAGUGUUCAAAUGCAUUUUAUGGCACAACGGAGGCUAUGUCUGUUUUGGAUACACAAAUGGCUUUUAAUUUGAGGAGUGCACAUAACUAUUUUUGCAUCGCGGAUUUCUAUGCAGUGGACAGAGCCUAUGGAUUGUGGAUAGAUGUUAGCGACACAGGGUGCUCUUUUCAGAAGAACUGGAAGACACCUGCCCUUAUCGGAAUGAUCACAAAGUGUUUAAUGACAAUUGGAAUGGUUUUAUUUUUAUUGCAACCUGUCCUGGCUACAGAAGAUCAAGGGAAUUAUGAAACAUCAGCUUUUGCAGCGCUCUCACAGGAUCCAGUUGCAACAGUAGGACCUUCCCAUUCGUUAGCAAUGUUGCUGCUAGCGGAAGAAGAAUCAAUGUCAGCAGUUAAGCCAGAACCAUCUGGGUUAUCCGAAAGCACAACAGAGACCCUAACAAGUGACAGUACUGCAUUCCAAUCAAUACUUACUCUGUUAACUAGCUUAAAAACUGCAAUGCAUAAGCCAACUUUAGUGCAAUCUCCAACGUCCCUCAUCAAUCCAAACAAUGGAAGCCAAACGACAAGGUGGCCUUCAGAGGUGUCAACUGAAGAAUCAGCGUCUUUAACUUCAAAAGAUGCAACUACAGUGACCAGCGCCUCUACUUCUAGCUCAGAGGAAAUGACUACAGGAGAUAUAGCCUCAACUUCAAGGUCUACUGUUUCCAUCUCAUUAACAACUGUGGCGACUGAAGGAACAUCUCCGGAAAGUGGGAUCGCUCCAACUGUUCCAUCACUUACUUCAACAAAAGUCAACACCACAACAGCUGACACAGUUGAGACUACAUCGACACAAUUGACAAGUACAACACACACGACACACAUUACUGUCACAUAUGUGACCCCUCCAUAUACACCAACAAGCACUCUUACGACUCCCACAACUGCUAUGGCCAGCAUACCACCUAUUUCAACAACACAAUUAGUUACUGACACAGAGACGGUAGUGACUUCCGAAGGAACAUCCGUAGCCCCAGAGACCAUGGAAACCUCCUCAUCCCCUUCAGUUACAAUAACAGCAGCCUUAACUUCCAUGAUUACUAUGUCAUCACAAACAACCAGGGACACUGCUUUUGAGGUGCAAAGCACAACACGACCCCCCAGUACUACCACAGUAAAGCCACUGGAAUGCAAAAUUACUGAAAGAAUUUGGGUGAAAACAGUUUUGUCUCUGAACCUAAGGAGAAACAGAGUCGAUGAUGCAAUUAAACAGAAUCUUAGGACUGGACUCACACAGGCAUUGCAGAAUGCUUUCAACAACAAUGCUGUACAUGCUCAGAUUGAGUCUCUGACGGGCACAACUAAUGUGACAGUUGGUUACUACGCUACAAACGGCAGAACUGUGUACAUCACUGCUGUUGUCAUUAAAGCGUUAACUGAUUAUGGGGAUCUGAUGAGUGACAUGAAACAGCAUGUGACUAAUGUUCAGUCACUCCCCAUCCCAGUGGCUCCCUGGAUCCCUACUCCAGCUCUCUGGAUGCAGCUUAAGACAGUCCUCCGAUUUGUGGGAGCAACAGACAAUAUCCAAUCCUGCAGCUUUGUUCAGACCAUGGCACACCGGCUCCAGAAUGCAUUCACAGAAGCAGAGUCAAAGGUCUUGAAUGCAAACAACAACCUCACUGUUCAGAUUUUGAGCACAUCUCAGUCGGCUGAGUCCCCAGCUGUCACUUUGAUAUAUGUGGUGUGGAACCAGAGUGUGAUUCUGAAUGGAACAGUCUCCAGCUCCCUCCUCAAUCAGCUUACCGCAGAACUGGUGGGCUAUUACCUGUUUUUCCCACCGCUGAUAAUUGCUGAACCACUGAAGUAUAACAACCUUGACAUUUCACCUUCAACAAAGGACUAUUGGGUGACUACAGUCAUUCAAGACGUUGAUAAUUCCUCCCUGAAUGGAAACUACCAGAGCUUUGCCAGCCUGAUGGAGCAGCGGCUGGCAGAACUCCUUGUGAUCGCCCAGCAGCAGGGAAGACGAUUCAGACGAGCCACCACAGUGGGGAGCUACACUGUUCAGAUGGUGGACAUGAAGCGUGUUGAAGGUGCAAAGAGCCGCGCAGCAUUGACCUACUAUAUCCUGCAGAAUGGCACACCAUUGCUGGGCACUAGCACGGCGAAAAUCCUCAACACUAUAGACUCCCAGACCAUGGCCUUAACACUGGGAUACUUUGUGCAGCAGCAGGCAGAACCUGUGGUAAAGAAUCCCCCAAACAACCUGUGGAUCAUUGCAGCAGUGCUGGCUCCCAUUGCUGUAGUCACUGUAAUCAUCAUCAUUAUCACUGCAGUGCUGUGUCGGAAGAACAAGAACGACUUCAAAUCCGACACCAUGGCCAACAUGCACCAGCGGGCCAAGCCAGUGCAGGGGUUUGAUUACGCUAAGCAACAUCUUGGGCAGCAGGGUGGAGAAGAAGAAACCAGGCCUGUGACACAGGAAACAGGAGUUUUACCACUUCCUGUCAGAGAUGCACCUCUGUCUCAAGAGAGAGGGAUUUCACAGGAUGGAAGUACUACAAAAACAACAAUGACCAGUGAAAUACGCAAAAGCAGGUUGCCUAGCGAGAACUGUUCUGUCAUCAGUAACGAAUCAGGAAAGCCCAACACAGGCAGAAUGUCUCCGCAGAAAAUGACAACACAGCAGAAAUUGACAAAGGAAGAGUCAAGGAAGAAAAAUGUCCCAAUGAGUGAUGAAGAGGAUGGUGCCGUUCUCUUUGACCGGGUGUCCCGAUCUUCGCCAGAUCCCUACGAUACGUCUUCUGGGUCACUGCAGCUAAUCGCUAUCAAACCGCUGGCAGCGCCUCACAGCUACUUGCACCCAGACUCGGACAGGAGCCAGGACUCUGCCGUGAUAAACGGAGAAGUUAACAAAGCUUUGAAGCAAAAAUCAGACAUUGAGCACUACCGGAACAAAGUGAGACUCAAGGCGAAAAGGAAGGGGUACUAUGACUUCCCAGCCUUGGAUGGUAACAGCAAGUCCCUCCCUCAGAAACAGAGGCACGUAUACGAGAAAGCACAACUUGAGCUUGGCAGAGCUUUGGACCCAGACGAAGACAUGUCCUCCACUUACGUCAAGUCUAAAAACAGACAAUCCCACAUGAAGAGCCCUGCAUACAGGAGCAGGCAGUCUCUAAACAGCCCAAGUCCAGGUGGAACCGAGAUGGACCUUCUAGUGACGAGGGAGAGGCCCAGGCGUGGAAUUCGAAACAGUGGAUAUGAUACAGAGCCAGAGCUUAUAGAAGAAACCAAUGUGGACCAUGUUGCUGGGCCUAGAGGUUACACCCGGGGUCGUCAGGUCAAGGGUCACUCUGAAACGUCCACACUUAGUUCCCAGCCUUCCAUUGAUGAAGUCCGGCAGCAAAUGCAUCUGCUUCUGGAGGAAGCAUUUAGUCUGGCCUCUGCUGGUCAAGCAACAACAAACAGGCAGCAGGGACAAUACAACCCCGUCCAGCAGCUGCCCUUUUCAGAGGUAGUGACCAGUGCACCUGGAACGAUGAACCGACCCAGGGGAGCGGUCCAGUGGGUCCCUGCAUAUAACUCUGAUUUAUACCAGUACAGUUUGCCAAGACCUGCCUUCAGGUUCUCCCAGCUUCCUGACAUGGCUAUGGGAUCCCCCCCACCCCCUUUACCUCCCCGAAGCGGUCCUGCAGCCGUCACUUCCCUCCAACGAUCUACUUCAGAUAUCGAAACUAAGACAAGGACUUCCGAACCCAUUGGCCCAGAACAUCAGAACCAGCAUGACGCCGCCCCUUUUGUGCCAGUCACGAGAGCAUCGGUUUCCACAGCUUCUGUGGAUCAGCCUGUCUCUAAUUACUCAGGAAACCCAGCACCAGCAGUUUAUGCCAUACCAGCAAACCAGCCUGGGUACUCAGGCUACUUCAUCCCAACUCCCCCCACCCCCUAUAGGAGCCAGACCUGGAUGCCAUACCCAGCCGAAGUGAAUGUGCCGAGCCAGUGGGCUGAAGCUGUUCCCUUACCAGGGUAUGUGGAAGCUUAUCCCCACUCCUGUUACCAACAAAACAGCCAGGCCUCAUCCCUUGACCAAGCGCCGACCCCUUCAACCACAGCUUCCCAGCAGAGCCUGACUGAGAACGAUACGUCCGACGCCUCGCUCACCAACAUCUCCACGGCAGCUCUAGUCAAGGCAAUACGAGAAGAGGUGGCCAAACUAGCAAAGAAGCAGACUGACAUGUUUGAAUUCCAGGUCUAGUGGCUUUAGCAUUAAUAGCAACAGUUACAAACGACGAAGUGGAGACAAACAUGCAGCAUCUUGAUGGAUUCUUGCCUUGACUAAAACCAUAACCUGGGAAAAGCAAGACAUUCAGCUUUCCUGUUUGAUGAAGAUUUAAACAGUGACAACCACUUGAUUUGGUCAUUUUUUUUUUCUUUUUUUUUUUUUUUUUUUUUUUACAAUUGAGUGUUCCUAGAGAAAUCAGAUUAAAUUUUUUUUUAAAACACACUUUACAGACGUAAAUUACUUUUCAGUUUUUGUGUUUCUGGUAUUCAAUUUUUAAAAUGCCAUCUGCUGCUACUGUAAUUACAGACAAUAGCAGGAUCUUCAUCAACAGACGUGUCUUGCACACCCACAAGCAGUUGUCUAGUGCUGUAUUUAAUUAGCUUAUGCAGAACUUACUAAAGGCCGUAAGAGCAUACACAAAUUAUUUCAGUUCUGUGGAGCUUUCAGCUGUAGAUAGAGGCUGCAUCCUACAAUGUGAAUAUUUCAAAAUGUUUUCUUUUAUAAAAAAAAGUAGACAUUCUAAAUGAAGGUUAUUAAAAUGUGAAGUGUACAGUGUGUAAAUUAUAAGACCAAAUAUUUCAAUAAGAUCCAAUGUGUGAUAGUAUACAAAUGUGAAUAUUUCAAUUCCAUUGCAAUUAAAAUGUAAGUCGCCCUGGAUAAGGGCGUCUGCUAAGAAAUA